AUGCCAAAAAGUAAAGAUGCUGGUAUCUAUACUCUAUUUAUUAAGUUGACAUUUAAAAAUGGAGAAGUCGCAAAGUAGCUUUCCUUAAAUUUCAAUGUGCUAUAGGAAAAUAACUCUAAUUCAGAUGAUAAUAAGCAAGAUUAUUGCAUCUAACUCAAAGAAUGCUUUAUCAAAAUUAAAUAGAUAGAUAGUUAAGGCCUCACUUGGAUAGUUUUUUCUAAUGGAUUACUAGGCUACCAGCAGCUAAAUUAUACUGAAGUUCAGAAGUCUUUGAGAUUAUUUUGGAUUGAUUAAUCAUAUGAUUAGGAUUCAGAAACAAAUUUAAAUAAAAAUUAAUAGGCAAACCAAGAUAAGCUCAAAGUCGAGUUUGCUAAUAAUAAGUUGUUCAGAACGGCUUAGAUGACUCUUUAUUUUGCUCAAAAUUACAUUGUGCUAAAGCCAUUGCCGAUUUUGGAAGCUAAUUCAAGCUGGAAUUUACAUAAAUAUGCUACUAUAAGUGCUACUUGGAUUUACAAUGAAAAGAAUUUGGACUCUUGUUAACGCUUUGUAGAUUAUUUCUCAUAUACCUCUACUAGCACUUAGUAUACCUUCAAACUUAAUGAUAUGCCUGCAAUCUAUAAUUGA